AUCCCUCGGGUGGCGGCGGCGGCGGCGGCGGCGGCGGCGGCGAGGCCCGGGAAGAGGACCGUGUGCGGCGGAGCCCGCGGCGGGAGGAGGUGUGAAGGCGACCAGGGACUUGAGUGGGAGUCGGGCCGGUGGGCCGCCGCCGCCGCCAUGCAGGAAAUCAUCGCCAGCGUGGACCACAUCAAGUUCGACUUGGAGAUCGCGGUGGAGCAGCAGCUCGGGGCGCAGCCGCUGCCCUUCCCCGGCAUGGACAAGUCGGGAGCUGCUGUCUGUGAAUUCUUCUUGAAGGCUGCCUGUGGCAAAGGGGGCAUGUGCCCGUUUCGCCACAUCAGCGGUGAGAAGACCGUUGUGUGCAAACACUGGCUGCGGGGGCUGUGCAAGAAGGGGGACCAGUGUGAGUUCCUGCACGAGUACGACAUGACCAAGAUGCCCGAGUGCUACUUCUAUUCCAAAUUUGGGGAGUGCAGUAACAAGGAGUGCCCCUUCCUGCACAUUGACCCCGAGUCCAAGAUCAAGGACUGCCCUUGGUACGACCGCGGCUUCUGCAAGCACGGUCCCCUGUGCAGGCACCGGCACACGCGGAGAGUCAUCUGCGUGAAUUACCUCGUGGGAUUCUGCCCAGAGGGGCCUUCGUGUAAAUUCAUGCACCCUCGAUUUGAACUGCCCAUGGGAACCACCGAGCAGCCCCCACUGCCACAGCAGACGCAGCCUCCAACAAAGCAAAGUAACAAUCCGCCAUUACAAAGGUCGUCCUCCUUGAUCCAGUUAACGAGUCAGAACUCUUCUCCCAAUCAGCAGAGAGCCCCGCAGGUCAUCGGGGUCAUGCAGAGUCAAAAUAGCAGUGCCGGCAACCGGGGACCCAGGCCGCUGGAGCAGGUCACCUGUUACAAGUGUGGUGAAAAAGGACACUACGCCAACAGAUGCACCAAAGGGCACUUGGCCUUUCUCAGUGGACAGUGACAGCAGCUGGAGCCAGCUCAGAGCAGCCUGAGAGGCCUGUCAUUGGGGACAACUGUGGGCCAUCCUCAGGAACAUGUGUUGAACUGUUCAGCACCAGUGUUGGUGCGACCUGGCUAGAGCUGGCACACAGGCACACUGGGGUUUAUCAUUCAAGGGCCUAUUUCUGUCAGUUUCCCUACCAUUUGCUGUAAAUUUGUUAUUUUUUUUUUUAAGGGACAUGUGCUCCAGUUUGGUCCCUCGAGUCAGCAUCAUGUCUGUCUGGGCAUCAGAGCCUCCUGUCUGGGACACCCCACACAUCUGCCCUCUGGGGAGGAGAAGUGCGGGGGGGGGGGGGAGGCUUGUGCUCAGCAGUUCUGUAAGGAAGAUGGUCGUUCCCCUCAGGGCUUCAUUAAACACCAGUUCUUGGUGACCCCAGGGGCUGGUGGAUCAUUUAAAGCUGCAGCCAGCUCAGGCUCAAACUCCUCCAUGUCCUGCUGAAUUCAGAAGCUGUGCCUAUCAAUGUGAUUUGACGAGGUCGCCCUCCAGGGCAUACUCAAGUGCGCUUGUUGUCUCAGCCCGGCCCUGCUCCUAAGUGGCAGUGGCUGAGGAGGUGUGCAGGAUUCUUGGUGUAGGGAUUUUUGGGCUUAUGUUCUGGGGGCACCUGCUUAACAUUAAGGUAUGCCUUACGCUGGAGCUGCAGGCCACCCUUUAAAUCGUGACCCGGCCCUCCUGUGCACCUACCUCCUGCCCUAGCAAGAGUCUGUACUGUCACUCAGACACCUUUGGCCUAUGGAGACCACCCUGCCCAAGCCUGGAAAUGUGAAGCCGUCACCUGCAACACUGGGCAAGUGGUCUGUUCAAUUACAAGAACAAUUUUUAUGAAGUUGAUUAAAGCUUGUUUUUUAAAUCAUGUUUCAUUACUUAAAGGACUGUGUGCCUAGAAGCCACCUGGCAGGGAGCCUUAAUAACAAGAGGUCACUUGUUUCCACUCAACGAAUGUGUACUUCAGAGGGAGUGGACACUGGCAGGUGUCACUCAUAUAGGAUGUUGGGUGGGUCCUAUGUGUUUAGAUUUGGAUCUUCUGAGGUAACUGAUAACAGCACCCCACCCUGGGUACACACUACAGUGUGUGCUUGUCAUGUCUCACUGAGAACCUGGUUUUGGCCUUGUCAGUUACAGAGGGUCCCCCAACUUGCAGUGUGAACAGAGACUGAAAGGCUGCAAUGAUGUUAGUGGGCUAGGUAAGUGUAAAUGCAUUUUUAACUUACGGUGGGUUUACUGAGGCCUAAGUUAGGGAAGGUCUUUACUCUUAAGACCUUUGAAGAAGGGUAAGGAAAUAGUGCUGGAUCCACAGGCAGCUGUGAGUCACCAGGGCCUCUGCUUUUCUCACCCCUGGUCAUCUCACGGAGCUGUUCCCUGCAGAUGCAGCUUCCAGGCCCUAGUGCCAGCUCUGCAGGAUGCCAUGUGCCACAGUAAUAUAGGAAAAUGGAGUAAGGGGAGACAGUCUUAGGAAUACAGCUACUUUCUGCAGUUUAAGCUGACAAGAAUGCUCAAGACUCUCAAAGCAGCAAGGCGAUGACUCUGGGCAUGUCUGUCUAGAUGACACCACCCCCUUAGGAGCCGGGGCACCCACCAAG